AUAGAAAAAACUAAUCGGAUGAGGAUAUACAUCUAGUUUACUCUAGAAGAAAAAACCUAAAGAGGGUUACUUGUCUGAUUCUCGUCUUCUCUCAUCCCGUUCGCUCGUUGACACUUGAAAUUCGAAGAACCGAUAAUAUAGCAGAUGAUUGCAAAAUUGAAGCAGGUGAUGCUGCUUUGGCUCGAGGGUUUCCUAGAAGCUUGUUCUCUCCACCGUGUUGUAAUUCUCUGUCACAGGUCGCGAAAGCUCCUAUUACGAACGGGGCAGUGUUUUCUUUUGAAUGGUUUGAUUUUCUUAGGAAGUUUAGGCGUCUUUAAGUGGUUUGUUAAUCCAGCCCUUCAGUGGAUAUUACCUAAUCCAUGCGCUCCUAUCACGUCUCAAGACUUCUGUUCGUACAAUGGAUCUUAUGCCUUUCUACGGGGUGGUCUUUUGCAGCUAUUUUACGUUCUUUGGUUCUAUCCUCUGUAUAUGCUCAGCUUCAUCUUAAGUAACAUCUGGUAUAACGAUGUUGCAAAAUAUGGAUUGGAGGCAAUUGGAAAAUCUGACACAAGCUCGGCAGAAACAUUCAGGCAAUGUGAAGUUCCUGCGUCAGUGGUCAUGACGAAUGCUGAAAGACCUUCUGGUCUUGGAGGGGUGAUGAUUGGUAUUGGAGUGCAGGUGUAUUCGAUACUACUUCUGACAUUUUUCUUUAUGGAGGUUUAUGUUGUUGGCGUUAUACCAUACAUUGGGAAGAUACUGAAUUUCUUACUUCUUUCAUGGAUGUAUGCCUACUAUUGUUACGAAUAUAAGUGGAACUUCUUGGAGAUUCCUCUCGAGAAAAGGCUUGAGUUCUUUGAAUCCAACUGGGCCUUCUUUGCUGGUUUUGGAAGCCCCUGCGUGUUAGCCAUUUUCUUUUUCUCGCCUCUUGUGAGCGGAGCGCUUAUGGCCAUCCUGUUUCCAUUGUUUGUUUUAACUGCUACAGGGUCAGGACCUGAAAAAUCUAUCGUUACCCCAAGUUUAUUGAGGCUUCCAAUAUUCUACGUAGCUGACAGACUCUCGAUGCUGGCAUUGUCCAUCUUCCGGUUGGAGUCCCUGCAACAUAAGAAGACAGGCUGAAGCUGAAAUAUUUUCUCUGGAUCUGUUAAUCUCUUGUCAACACUGCCGUCUCGGUGAUUUCAUGUGGCUUUGACGCAUAGUUAUCUGAUAUCAGUGCUUUGAUCAAAAAAAAAAAAGUUAUCUGAUAUCAGUGCUCAUGAUAAGAUAUUAUGCUGCAAACUGCAAAACAACGAAUAUGAAAGCAGGCGUGUCAUGUCAGAAGUAGAGUUUGAUUGUUAAUUCAUAGAAGAAAAAUUUACUCCUAGAGACACUUUAUGAGUUUUCAGUUACACUUGGAGACACAUUAUCCUUGUCACACACAUUUUAUGUGUCAAAAGACACUAACACUCUUGACUACACCAAACUUGUCUUUCUCAUUC